AAAAAAAUCUCCUCGGCGUUUGUGGCUGGACGGAUAAUGUUCGGAUAGUUAACAGAAGAAUAAUAAAAUAAACAUUCAGCGUUUGUUUUGUCUGUUUCAUUUCAUUUCGUCGUGAAGGAAUUAAAUUCAGAUUAAAAACGGUGAACACACAGUGAGGUCAUGCCUGUAGAUGAUGCCGCCGAGCUCCUCAAAUACUACGAGGUUUACGAAACCAUUGGAUCAGGUGGUUUCGCGAAGGUCAAGCUCGGCAGACACAUCCUGACCGGCGAGAAGGUGGCCAUCAAGAUCAUGGAGAAGAAAGUCCUGGGGGACGACCUUCCUCGCGUGAAGACCGAGAUCGAAGCCAUGAAGAACCUGAGCCAUCAGCACGUCUGUCGGCUUUAUCACGUCAUCGAGACGCCGAACAAGAUAUACAUGGUGCUCGAGUACUGUCCAGGAGGAGAGCUGUUCGAUUACAUCGUCGCCAAAGACCGUCUCUCAGAGGAGGAGACUCGCGUGUUCUUCCGUCAGAUCGUCUCGGCGCUGGCUUACGUCCACAGUCAGGGAUACGCCCACCGGGACCUCAAACCUGAAAACCUUCUAAUCGAUGAGGAUCACAAUCUGAAGCUGAUCGACUUCGGGCUCUGUGCCAAACCAAAGGGCGGUCUCGGUUAUGAACUGAUGACGUGCUGUGGAAGCCCCGCCUACGCCGCCCCGGAGCUCAUCCAGGGCAAAUCGUAUAUUGGCUCAGAGGCGGAUGUUUGGAGUAUGGGCGUGCUCCUGUUCGCCCUGCUGUGUGGCUACCUGCCGUUCGACGAUGAUAACUGUAUGGUGCUGUACAGGAAAAUCACAAAAGGCCAUUAUGAAAACCCUCGCUGGCUCUCUCCUGGGAGUGUACUGCUCCUCAACCAGAUGAUGCAGGUGGAGCCAAAGAGGCGUUUAACAGUCAGGCAGCUCCUGGCUCAUCCCUGGGUGAUGAAGGGGUACAGCAGUCCUGUGGAGUGGCACAGCACACGUCCGCUUGGACAUAUCGACGAGGACUGCAUCACCGAGAUGGCUGUGAUGCUGAAGCGGUCCAAACAGAGCACCAUACAGAUGGUUUCAGAGUGGAAAUAUGACCAGACCACAGCCACGUAUCUGUUACUCCUGGUUAAGAAGCAGAGCGGGAGACCCGUGCGUCUCAGACGGGACGUGACCGCACCAGACGCCGCGCGCUCACCUGGACAGGAAAUACAGUUGAAAAAGACGCUACAUUUCAGCGAAGGUGAAGAUAACGAUUACGACGAUGACGAUGAUGACGAUGAAGAUGAUGAAGUCUCACAGAGAGCCGUCCUGGGGUCCCUGGUUUUCCCGUCUGAUUGCUACGACGACGACGAGGCCUGGAUCCCGUUCACGCCGAGGAACACGCAGAGCACACACACUCCACGCAAGAAGCGAGCCUGUCAAUCAGCUGAGAAGAGGCGGGGCGAAACAGGGCCGGAGCCAGCCAAGCCACGCCCACAGAAGCACGAGCGCACCAGGGAGAAUAAAGAGAACUUGGCGAUGCACAAAGGCGGCAGCGGGGGUGUGGUCUUCGCUUUGCCCGCCCCCGUCACUCCGGCAGCCAAUCGGAAGAGCCGACCCAACAGAACGGCUCCCACGACGCCCGUCAACAACAACAACAACAACGUUAAACACCAACCUGUGGAAACGCACAAAGAAGUGGUGGGCCGCAGGGCCGGAGAUCAGCAGUACGCAGUGCCUGAGAUCCUCGUCUUAAGUCCAGAGAGAAGGUCUCGCUCGCUGGACGCGGCGGGAUGCCCGGGAGACAGCGGGCAGAAGAGAAAGGCGGGGAAAGUCUUCGGCAGUCUGGAGCGCGGCCUGGACAAAGUCAUCACCAUGCUGACGCCCAACAAGAGGAAGGGGCUUAGGGACGGGCCGCGCCGGGUGAAGGCGCAGUACAACGUGACGAUGACCAGCCAGAGUAACGCAGACCAGGUCCUCAAUCAGAUCCUGAAGGUUUUACCAGAGAAGAACGUGGACUACGUGCAGAAAGGGUACACGCUGAAGUGUCGCACACAGUCGGACUUCGGGAAGGUGACGAUGCAGUUCGAGCUGGAGGUGUGUCUCCUGCAGAAACCUGAGGUGGUGGGAAUCCGGCGUCAGAGGCUCAAAGGAGACGCCUGGGUCUACAAACACCUGGUGGAAGACAUCCUGUCCACCUCUAAAGUCUGACCUUGUUUCCCGUCUCCAGCGAACGCCGUUACCGCACGUCACUUCUCGCUCGCGCUCGGCGUCUGACGCAACACGAGUUUAACCACGACCACUUUUCAUGGCUCCUGUUUUUAUGUAAAUUGGUCUUUUGAAGGUCUGGAGUUGAAGAACAGAAACGGACGCCUUACGUCCACAAAUGACUUGCACACAUUUUCCCCCCCGCUGGCUUUCGAGCGUCACCGGGGGCAGUCUUAAUAAUCGAGUUUACGUUUUAAGUCUGAAAGCAUUAUUCUGCUAAUCUUAACUGUAUUGUGUUGGAACGUCUGUCCUGUUUGUGUCCUGUAAUGUUUAUGUAUUGUACGUUACUUCCACAAUGUGUUUUUAAUUUUAAGUCAUGUUUUUAUGUCGAUCUAGAGUCCAGUUUUAAAAUAUUAAAAUAAUCAGUAUUGGUGUAUAGCAGAAUAAAGCAGUUUACAAAAUGUUGUCGGUUUAUAUUGAAGCGAGAUGAACGCGCGACCUGCUCACC